CCACACUACAACCCCUCAGAUACCCCUCCUCACGCCCAAGAUGUCUCUCUCAAUACCCAACGCCCCGAACGCCGGGCUCUUCAAGCAGGGCUACCAGAACUACGACGCGGAAGAUGGAGCAGUCAUCCGUAACAUUGACGCAUGCCGGACGAUCGCCCAGACUGUGCAGACAUCCCUCGGACCCUAUGGCCGUAACAAGAUUGUCAUAAAUCACUUGCAGAAGAUGAUAUUAACCAACGAUGCGGCCACCAUAUUGCGGGAGCUCGAGGUCAUGCACCCUGCAGCGAAACUGCUCGUCAUGGCGACGCAGCAGCAGGAGGCGGAGAUGGGAGAUGCGACAAACAUGGUCAUGAUUUUGGCUGGAGAGUUGCUGAAGAAGGCGGAGGAGCUGAUACGGAUGGGUCUUAAGACGAGCGACAUCGUGCUCGGAUACGAAAAGGCACAGAAUGCUACUCUGCAGGUCCUGGAAGAGCUUGUAUGCGACAAGGUCGAAGACAUCCGAUCACAACAGGAACUCAGCAAGGCAAUCCGCACCGUCGUAGCAGCCAAACAGUCCGGCAGCGAAGAAUUCCUCGCAGACCUCGUCGCUGAGGGUGUACUCGCCGUCCUUCCCAAGAACCCAGCCAACUUCAACGUGGACAACAUCCGGGUGGUCAAGAUCAUGGGCGGCAGCCUGGAGCAGAGCAAGGUCGUCAAGGGCAUGGUCUUCGCCCGUCAGCCCGAGGGCACCAUCCAGAAGGCUACUAAAGCGAAGGUCGGCGUGUUCUCGUGCCCCAUCGACAUUUCACAGACCGAGACCAAGGGCACAGUGCUGCUACACAACGCCAAGGAGAUGCUGGACUUCACCAAGGGCGAGGAGCAGCAGAUCGAGCAGAUUGUCAAGGAGCUCCACGAUUCUGGCCUUCGCGUGGUGGUCGCUGGCUCCACCGUCGGCGAGCUCGCCGCGCACUAUCUCAACCGGUACGGCAUCCUCGUCAUCAAGGUCCUCUCCAAGUUCGAGCUCCGCCGCCUCUGCCGCGUUGUCGGCGCCACACCGCUCGCCCGCCUGGGUGCACCCAUGCCUGACGAAAUGGGCUCCGUGGACAUCGUCGAGACCCUCGAAAUCGGUGGCGACCGUGUCACCGUCUUCAGGCAAGAGAACGACCAGACCAGGACCGCCACCCUUGUUCUCCGCGGUGCAACCCAAAACCACCUUGACGAUGUGGAGCGCGCCAUCGACGAUGGCGUCAAUGUCGUUAAGGCCAUCACCCGCGACCCGCGUCUCGUCCCCGGUGCCGGCGCAACAGAAAUGCAGCUCAUCGAGCGCAUUAAGUCGCUCGCGGACCGGACGCCCGGCCUCUCGCAGUACAGCAUCCGCAAAUAUGCCGAGGCCUUCGAGGUCAUCCCGCGCACGCUUGCCGAGUCUGCCGGGCUCGACGCCACAGAGGUGCUCGCGCGCCUGUACGUGGCGCACGGCGCGCAGAAGAAGAACGACGAGUGGACUGUUGGCGUGGACAUUGAGAACGACGAUGGAACGGGCACGCUGGACGCCAAGGACGAGGGCAUCCUGGACCUGUGGGUCAGCAAGAGCUGGGCUAUUCGGCUGGCGACGGAGGCGGCAAGGACGGUCCUGAGCGUCGAUCAAAUUAUUGUCGCGAGACAGGCGGGUGGACCCAAGAUGCCGGGCAAGGCGCAGCAGGGGAACUGGGAUAACGAUGAUUAGACGGAUUAAAAGGGGUGGAGGAGGAGCGGUAUGUGUAUAAUGAACGAUAAGCUGAAUACCAUGAGUCGAUGACACGAUCAUCGCGUUGAAAGUAAAGCAUCCGUCUUGCACCGUGUUGGCAUGAACCGAUGUAUUGAAUUGUACUGUGGUAGACAG